AAAUUAACAACGGCGAGAUUGACGGUCACAUAGCUGUAUGAGUCAGAGUCAACAAGAAGAAGAAAUGGUAGGAAGCGAUUCGACCGCUGUUGUCGUCUCCAGAUCGAAGAGGGAAGACCGUACGCGCGCCAAACACGGUACUAAAUUCUCCCAAUGGAAGAUUCUGGUAGGCCCUUGUGAUUGGGAAGCCUAUUCACUUGGAAAGGAUGGUGCUGAAAGGUAUAGGUUUCAUAACCUCCCUGGAAUAUCAACUCCGGGAGUAUAUGAACUUGCCAUUCCCCUAUCUCAGACCGGUGGUCUAGGCCGUAACGUUGCAAAGCUUGAUCCUGAAGGCAUGGUUGUGGUUUACAUUGGACACGCUGAGGACGUGAGGACACGGCUUCAGCAUUAUGGCCGCACUGGUGCACAUUUGGGCAGUGGCUGCUCAACUGCUCACCCAACACCCUGUCUUUCCAAGGGACCUGGAUUGUUUGAGGAGAUUUUUUCGAGAGGAUACCCAAUUAUGUUUAGAUGGGCACCUAUGCAAAGUAAAAGUGAUGCACAGCAAACAGAGACUCGGCUGCUUGACAAAUUUGACUAUGCAUGGAACAAAAGAAUUAAUGGUUCACGACGCCCUGAUGAUAUCCUUGAGAAACUGGUGAAAAUUUCUUCAGGUUGCAACCAUUCCCCUACUAUUGACCGAAGGCUUUUAUCUUGGAGUCUGGGGCAAAUGGGCAUUAGGAUCAAAGCAGCCAAAUCGCUUGCAACAGAGAACAACUUCAAUGCUUGUGCUGAUGAGGAGAGACCCAAUAUCCUCUCUCGAGUUUUCAAGUUUGGUAGGUCACGUCCUCGUUCAGUACUGGACACAAGUGGCAUUACUCAGGGGAAUAAUGUCAUCUGUGGAGUAGCUUUAACCCUUGAUUCAGUUUGUACAAGAGCACCAGUUGAAGGAAGAAUGAGAUGUGCUGAACACAAAGGGAUGAAGAUCAAUGAGUUGACUACAGUCAGGAUAUCAAAUUCAAAUGGCAUCUAUGGCUCACAAUAUGGUGUUAUUGACAGCUCAAAGUCUGAUGGACAUGGUAAAUCAGGUUUCAGGCAUGGCACAGUUACAGUCGAGUAUCAUGUCAGCAAGAGCUUCAGUCCUAUUUGUGGAUUUACCUUGACUGAUGGUUCACCUUCUAGAAGGCAGGCUGUUCAAGGUAAUAAAAGGUGUGAUGAACAUAAAGGGAGAGGAAUUGGGAAAUCCAAUUCCCGAUUGGUGUCAACUGAGGAAAAACCACUUUACACUCUUGAUGUUUUUGAAUCAAAUAGUGGUGACACUUCAGAAUAUGACAACAUUACAUGUGGAGCAACUACAGAAAACGGAACUGCAUGCAAAAGAGAACCAGUAGAAGGAAAUAAAAGGUGCCGGCAGCACAGCGGCAUGAGGGCUGGUGGUGACACUUCAGUUGCAAUAUGUAAUCAUGGAAGAUUGGAGGAUGAAGUUUUGUCCAGCAGAAUCAACCAGAACAAGAAUGGAAUAGGUGUUGUUACAUGUGGAGCUACUACAAACAACGGAACUGCAUGCAAAAGAGAACCAGUAGAAGGAAAUAAAAGGUGCCGGCAGCACAGCGGCAUGAGGGCUGGUGGUGACACUUUAGCUGCAAUAUGUAAUCAUGGAAGAUUGGAGGAUGAAGUUUUGUCCAGCAGAAUCAACCAGAACAAAAAUGGAAUAGGUGUUGUUACAUGUGGAGCAACUACAAACAAUGGAACUGCAUGCAAAAGAGAACCAGUAGAAGGAAAUAAAAGGUGCCGGCAGCACAGCGGCAUGAGGGCUGGUGGUGACACUUCAGCUGCAAUAUGUAAUCAUGGAAGAUUGGAGGAUGAAGUUUUGUCCAGCGGAAUCAACCAGAACAAGAAUGGAAGAGGUGUUGUUACAUGUGGAGCAACUACAAACAACGGAAUUGCAUGCAAAAGAGAACCAGUAGAAGGAAAUAAAAGGUGCCGGCAGCACAGCGACAUGAGGGCUGGUGGUGACACUUCAGAUGCAAUAUGUAAUCAUGGAAGAUUGGAGGAUGAAGUUUUGUCCAGCAGAGUCAACCAGAACAAGAAUGGAAUAGGUGUUGUUACAUGUGGAGCAACUACAAACAACGGUACUGCAUGCAAAAGAGAACCAGUAGAAGGAAAUAAAAGGUGCUGGUGGCACAGUGGCAUGAGGGCUGGUGGUGACACUUCAGAGUAUUACAACAAUUCAGCUGCAAUACGUAAUCAUGGAAGAUUGAAGUAUGAAGUUUCGUCCAGCAGAAUCAACCAGAACAUGUAUGGCAUAGGUGUUGUUACAUGUGGAGCAACUACAAGAAACGGAACUGCGUGCACAAGAAAACCAGUACCAGGAAAUAGAAGGUGCUGGCAGCAUACAGGCAUGAGGGCUGGUACUUCUUAUUAUUAAUCCUUGUAUCGAUUUGAAUAAAGAACAAGUACAGUGACCCGUGGAGUUACAUUACAGGACCGGUCCAUCUGUAUGAGAAUUCCUGCUCGUGGAAGGAAGAGGAGUGAGCAGCAUAGAGGAGGAAGACCCUGAUAAUAAAAAUUAUUUUUAUGUGUAUAAUUAGAGAUAUAGGCUUUUUGCAAAUUGCAAUGUGUUGCUUGUUGUGUGCAUUGUUUGUUUUAUCUCUUAUUAAAUGUAUUUUGUAUCUGUAUUUGGCAUUGGCAUAGUGUCACGUUUCGCAUGAAAAUGGAGAAAUUCUUGAGGCUUAUCCGGAA